UUUUUUUAGUGGAAAUUAGUGGAAACGGGGCCGUACUAUUGGUGUAGUUUCUCUCUUAGAUAAAGCCGGCGUUCUUCUCCUAUCAUAUGCUUUGCUGAAACUACUCGAUUCUCUCUGUCUCGAACUCUCCGGAAAUCAUCAUCCAGAUAAACACAAAGAAAAUUGAAAGAAAACCACAGAGCGACGAAAUAAGAAGAAGAAAAAUUCAGCAAGUGUAAAACCCUACCCUUGGUUCCGAAUUGCGCUGUUUAGUUGGGAUGGAGAAGAAGAGUAGUAGUAGUUGUGUAGCACUUUGGUUCAUUUUGGUGGCGUCGAUGGUAAUGAUUAGGGCAGAAGUAGUACGCGUAAACAAGUCUGGUUCGGGAGGGGUAAUAUGGUCAAGCGCAGAGGAGGAGGGAGAUCUGGUGAGAAAGGGGGAUGCGGACGGAUCCACGACCCUCUUGGAAGAACUCGACGGCGGUUUUUCUUCCCUCGACGGGAUGUUGCAGUGGGCCAUAGGCCACUCUGAUCCUACUAAGUUGAAGGAGACUGCAGAAAGUGUCCAACAAUUAUCUUCAGAGAAUCUAAAGCAAAGUCAAUUAGAAUUUAAGGAAGUGAUGGAGAGUUUGAAAAUACCGUCUGACGCAGAAUUGAUGCAAAUUGCAAUAGAUGACUUGAACAAUUCUUCUCUGUCUUUGGAAGAACAUCAUCGGGCAUUACAGGAGCUUUUGAUACUUGUUGAGCCAAUUGAUAAUGCAAAAGAUUUGCACAAACUUGGGGGCCUAUCUGUAGUUAUAAGAGGUCUUGAUAACCCUGACUCAGAGAUAAGGAUGACUUCUGCAUGGAUUCUUGGUAAAGCUAGUCAAAACAACCCUGUUGUUCAGAAGCAGGUCCUGGAACUUGGAGGGCUACCAAAGUUAGUGGUGAUGGUAAAAUCCAGUUUUAUACAAGAAGCCACAAAAGCAUUGUAUGCUGUUUCAGCCUUGAUCAGAAAUAAUGUGGAUGGCCAAGAAAUGUUCUAUGCAGAAUCUGGAGACUUGAUGCUUCAGGACAUACUGAGUAACUCCACCAGUGAUAUUACACUCCGUCGAAAAUGUGUGUUCCUUGUAGCUGAUCUGGCCGAGUCUCAGUUAGAAACAAGAAACAAAGUGGAGCUACCUUUUUUCAGCAAUCCUUUAUUCUUGAAGUCUGUGGUAGAUUUAACAGCAUCAACUGACCUGGAUCUCCAAGAGAAGGCCCUUGUUGCAAUUAAGAAUCUCUUGCAACUCAGUGCGACUGAAGCUCUAGUUCUUAAGAACUUCUGUGAUUUAGAUGGAGCAUUGGAGAAGGUAAGGCAGCAGUUGCAACAGUUGAUGUUAGAGGACAGUCGGAGAGAUUAUGCAAUGGACGUGGAAAGCCUUCGCAGAGAAGUGGAACUGAUUUACCAUGGGAAGCUGGAGAAGGUAACCGUGGUUCCAACAUGAUUAAUGGAUGAAUUGUAUCAGCUGUGGAGACAUGGUACGCUGUGCCUGGACGAAAAUAGUCAUUUUGAUAUUGGAGUUGGGUAGAGCUUUGCUUUGAAGCCUGAGUUUGACUUGCAAACCCUUGGCUGGAAAAAAGUAAGACAGUUAUUUGAAAGUUUUCAGUGCUAAUAGAUAAACAGCAUGACACCAUUGGAAGGAGGUUUAUGAGUGCAGGUGAUAUGUUAUAUGUUCUACACACAAAAAAAAAAUUGUCAUUCAAAAAUCAUGGGUGUUCUGUCAUGUGUUUUGCAGUUCCAUUGAGAAAUUUAACUUUAGGAGGUAAAUUGUGAAAAAUUGAUGUUCCCUCUCCACAGUUUUUCUUCUUCAGUUUGGGAGGCUAAGAUUUGAGUGUGAAUAUAGUUUUGCUAAUUAGUCA